AUGGAUAUUGUCCACGCGCCUGACGAAACAACAGCCUUGCUUGCAAAAGCCCACAAGCGAGCAGCCAAGUGGGAGCAAGACAUGCUCGCUCUGCGGGGGAGGCUCCAGUUGGACGAAUCUUCGGGCACGGUUCUAACGGAGACAGAAGAGGAUGAACUCGAUUCGCCGGAGUCGGAGACGGGUGUGCUAAAGGUCGAGUGCGACUCCUCCGACGAGAAGACGCACAUUCUCCUCGAAGCACGGCCAAUGCGCCUGCGACGCACUAUAAAAGACGAGCGGCGGGCAAAAGAGGCCUGGUUCAGCCACUGCAUCCACGUCGAGACAGUCAUGCGAGCGACACACGAAGCUGCUAAGGUUGCAGUGCAGGAGAAGGUAGAGGCUGUCAAGGAGUCGACGCUACUUUGCAAAUCCCUGCGAAGGGAUGUUCGCAGGCUUGAGCGCAAACUCGAGCAGACGAAAACGGAAAGCGAAGCGGCGUUUGCUUCCCUUCGUCGCAAGUACAAGAAGGCAAAGGGAGAACGAAACGUGCUUCGCGAGAAACCUGGCGAAGACGCGGGGCUUAUCGCCCAGCUCCGAGCGAAGAUCGCAGCCCUUGAAGACGACGCCAAGUUGCAAGCAACCAAGCAUGAUGCCGCCGUCCAGGUCCUCACACAGGACAAGAACCGUCUGGCUCAGUCCAAUGCGCAGCUGAAGAACGCUGUUGCUAACAUCCAGCGCGUGUCCUUGGUCGUGUCUGGCAGCUCAGCGAAUGGGCAGGGUGUCAACGAGCAGCAGCGCGGCGGUCGCAAGAAGCGCAAGCGGGGGAACAAGGGAGAGAAGGGUGGCUCACCUCCAAACAAGAAGCGAAAGGUGCAGGUGGGAAAUAAUAAGAUCCGGUCAUAA